AUGUUGAAGUUCAAGAAUAAGUUCAAAUUUGGAUUAUCGGAGAAAUCUCCCAAUUCAUCAUCAAAUUCAUCACCAGCCUCAUCACAUAAGGAUACCACCCCGGAAAAGUCACCCGAACCGAGAAAGACAUUGACCUCGGAUCUAAGCGAUAAUAUUCUGAAAUUGACCCUUGGUGACAGUGAAGCCGGAGCUAGCGCCACUGCUUCUCCUGAUGUUCCACAUGGCCAAAUACACGGCACAGAAAAUGUACCAACAAUGGAAACCAGUAAUUCUAAUGAUUCCGCUAAUCCCCACACACCGUCCAGUCCAGGCUUACUAACGGUUAAGAUUUACACGUCAAACAAUAUCCAACUCCCGAUCAAGAUCAACAAUUCCAAGCAAAUUCUUCAUGCUCUUGCCAUUAACUCAAACAAUGAAACCAUCGGUCAACAAUUACUUAAGAAUUUGGAAACCUUAAACAAUGCCGAAGGUGAUAACCAUCCUUUAGUUGGCGAUCUUCUCCCGGGAACAAUCGCAUCGAAUUUCUUGCCUUCAAUUAUCACUAUUCCUAAUGCCGAGAAUUUGGUCAAGUCAUUACUUUAUUUGACGAUUGAAUUUGACAAUAACGUUUUGGUGAUCGAACCACAAAAGGGUACCGUCAAUAGAAGUACCUGGAACCAGGUGGUUUCCUUUGAUGUUACCAAGAAGUCCCAAGAAACAACCAAUGGUGGAGAUAACGAAACGGGAUCGAGUUUCCUUAACCUUAAUUUGUUUAUUAGGUUACCUAACAUGUUGAUUCCUGAUUCUGAAAAGGUAACAAAGAAGCAUUUAUUCACUAAUUCUGGUCUGCAGCCACAACUGCCCGGGAAAUCAAAUGCGUCUGCUAACUCGGGUUCUGCGCCAGCAAACAUCGGAGAUUUACUCAUUGGUACCAUUAAAUUGCCAUUGAAUCUCAAGUACCAUAGCCAACCAAUUAGAUUAAUGAAUCACGAAUAUCUUAAGUUUUCCAAUUACAAUGCCAAUUUGCAAGAUUUAAUUUCAACGGAAAUGGGAGAGAUUAUGUUGACUAUUGAAUUCAAACCAAUCACUAAGAAACAUUUGGCCAUUACAGAUUUUGAUUUGCUUAAGGUUAUAGGUAAAGGUUCGUUUGGGAAAGUCAUGCAAGUUGUCAAGAAGGACACUAAGCAAAUUUACGCUUUGAAGACAUUGAGGAAACAACAUAUUGUUUCAAGAAUGGAGGUUACUCAUACCCUUGCUGAAAGAACUGUGUUGGCCAGAAUUAACAAUCCUUUUAUUGUUCCUUUGAAGUUUAGUUUCCAAUCACCGGAGAAGUUGUACUUGGUGUUAUCAUUUAUCAAUGGGGGUGAACUCUUUUGGCAUUUACAAAGAGAAGGUAAAUUCAGUAUGGAUAGAUCAAGGUUCUACAUUGCUGAACUUUUAACUGCGUUGGAAAGCUUGCAUGAUCUCAAUGUGAUUUAUCGAGAUCUUAAACCUGAGAAUAUCUUACUUGAUUACCAGGGACAUAUUGCCCUCUGUGAUUUUGGACUUUGUAAAUUGAACAUGAGUAAUGAUGACAAGACCAAUACGUUUUGUGGUACCCCAGAAUAUCUUGCUCCUGAACUUCUUUUGAAUCAAGGUUAUACCAGAUCAGUUGAUUGGUGGACUCUUGGAACAUUACUUUACGAGAUGCUUACUGGCCUUCCACCAUUUUAUGAUGAUGAUGUCCCUACCAUGUACAAGAAGAUUCUUCAAGAUCCACUCCGAUUCCCAAGUUUCCUCGACCAUACAGACGCUCAAGAUCUUUUGAUCAAACUCUUGCAGAAGGAUCCUGCAAAUAGAUUAGACGAUGCCAAUGAAAUCAAAUCUCACCCUUUCUUUAAAGACAUAGAUUGGGUCAAGUUGUUGAAUAAGAGCUAUUUGCCACCUUUCAAGCCUAAUGUUGAGAAUUUAUUGGAUACCCUGAAUUUCGAUCAGGACUUCACUAGUGAGAAACCUCAGGAUUCGGUCGUGGAUGAUUUCUUGACUGAGAGUGUUCAAAAACAAUUUGGUGGCUGGACUUAUAAUGGAGAUAAUGUCUUAUAA